UUUGAAUAAGAUUAUGUGCCCAUUAGUCUGAAGGUUAAAAUAAGUAAUCUAUUAAACAUAAACUAGAAAUUGACGUGUACACUCUUCCGGCGUUUAUUUUUAUUUUUUAUGAGUAAAUAUUUAUUUUUAAUAGUCAGUGAUAUACUUUAACAUUUAUUAAAUAUCCAAAACAAUUAUAUAGUGUGAACGCGAUAAUUUAAUCUAUUGUUUUCAAAUUAUAUUUGUAUCACAUUUUGUAUAAUAUAUUUAUGUUAUUAGUUUUGAGCUCGAGUUCUAGAGUGGAGAAUAUAUUGUAAAAUAGCAAUUCAAAUAUUAUUUUUAUGAGUAAUUGAUCUAUUAAUAAAUUUGGUACUUACAUGUAUAAUUAAAUUUUAAAUUAUUAGUAAAAAAUAAUUAAUGAAUUAGUUAAUUAUGUAGAAAUUUUACUUUAUUUUGUUUUAUUUUCAAUAUAUUUGAAAAAUAUACUUAUCAGUAAUUAAUUAGAAAUGAUUAAGGUAUAUUAUAUACUUGUUUUAAAUGAUGGAAAGGUAGUUAAUGCUAAAAUUUAGGAAUAGUUAAAAUCUUAAUGGGAAAAUCUGUAAAUUUUAAUUUAAUAGAUAGGUUAUUUUAUUUUUGUACUUAAGUUUUAAUAAGAUAGAUUUGUUAUUCAAAAUUUAUGCUUCAUCUUUUAGUAACAAAUUUAAUGAAAUAUACAACCAAAAAAUAUAUAAAACUUAGGCAACAAAUUCUAUGAUUCUUACAUAUUAAGAUAUAGUUGACUGUGCAAAUCUAUUUUAUAAUUUAUUCGUGAAAUUAGAUUUUGGACGGAAAUUCAUAAUUCUUAAUAUGUAAAAUCACAUCGUUUAAUAUUAGUUCCGUUACGAGCAUCGCUCAGUUAUUCGCGGGAAAAUAGCGAUAAUUCAAAAAAAUAUAUUAGUACAAAAGAGUAAAUACAUGUUGAUUGGCUGUAGUAGUAAGACUAUACUUCAUCAUUAACUAUCUUCACAGCCUUUAGCCCUUUACACACAACCACAUCAAUAUAAAACCAUAGUGUCAUUUGCAUAAGUAUACAUCAUUUCUAAUCUCAACAACCAAAACACUCCUAUCUUCUUUGUAAGUCCCUCGUGGUUUCUCACAUGUCUACCAUGGGAGAGGUUACCGUCGGUUCACAAUGCCAUACACUUCUCGACAUGCGCGACUUUACUGGCGCUAGGAGUCUCGUUAAGAUGAAUAAACAGUUAGGCAAAGAUUGGCAAAAACUUGACCAAGUUGAAGCAAUCUGCGACGUGAUCAUCGCCGCAGAGAACCGGCUUCCCAACGGGUUUAUGGAUUACUAUGGAAUGCUUCGGGCGACCCGAUUCGGACCGGUGGUUUUGGAUGAUUUCAGGAGGUUGAUGAAGCUCCUAGAUUGGAGGUGUAAUGGUCUCCCCUCUAGCCAGGAAGCUGCUCAAUAUGCCUACCAAGCCUGGUCGAUGCUUUCUAAGCCCGUCAUGAAGGCCAGAUACGAUCUCGACAUCUCCUCCCCGAUGGUCAGAGGUAACAACCAUGUCGGGGUGGCUCAACUAGGGUUUCCUGAAGGCAGUUCCUUUGUCCUCAAGGAACAGAGCCCUAAUCAGGAUAUUGGUCGUGGGAAUGACAAUGAAGUGGUGGUUAUUUCUGACGAUGACGAUGACGGAGAUGAAGACAUUAUUACAAUGGCUCGAACAGCGAAAGUGUUCAAAAUAAAUGGAAAGAGAGUGAAGUUUAUACCAUUGAAGAAGAAGAAAAGAAAAGAUUCUUCAACAAGCAACGUGAGGAAGACCUAGUUUUUUUAUUUAUGAUUUUAAACCUAGUUUUUUUCCAGUAAUAAAACGAAAAA